AUGGCUUCCAAAGCACUUUGCAUAAUCGCGAGCAUGCUUCUGGUUGCAAAUGCGCAAUCACAAUCUUUGCUGACUGUGACUAAUCCUCGCGCUAGUGAUCGCCAUAGCGCUUGGUGGGAAUUAUGGGAGUCAUUGUGGUGGUGUCAAAGUCGAUCUCAAAAAGGAUCUGAACAAUUGCGGAUCUUGCGUGCGCUAGUGGUCAGGCCUGCAAAAAUGGAAAUUGUGUUUGCCCAAAAGGUCAAACACUGUGUAGCGAUACCUGCGUUGACAUCAAAUGUGACCCACAAAACUGCGGAUCCUUGCGUUGAUGGUGAGAUCUGCGAAUCUGGUCAAUGUAUGUGCCCCAAAAAUCAAACUCUAUGCGAUAAUACCUGUGUUGACACUAACACUGACAAUCAAAACUGUGGAUCUUGUGGCACUCCUUGCACUAAUGGUAUCUGCGAAUCUGGUCAAUGUAUGUGCCCCCAAAAUCAAACUCUAUGCAAUAAUACCUGUAUUGACACUAACACUGACACUCAAAACUGCGGAUCUUGUGGCACUCCUUGCGCUAAUGGUGAGAUCUGCGAAUCUGGUCAAUGUAUGUGCCCCAAAAAUCAAACUCUAUGCGAUAAUACCUGUAUUGACACUAACACCGACAAUCAAAACUGCGGAUCUUGUAACACCACUUGCUUUACACCUCAAGAGAACUGUCAAACAGGAACAUGUACAUGUUCACCUGAUAUAGUUUGUGUAUCAACAUUACCGGUAGGUUGCAAUUCUAAUUUCGACUGUGCUUGCUUUUCGACUACGGAACAUACAAGCAUCUGUGCCGUAGAUGUAGUUUGUCCAUCUUCAUCAGAAUGCAACACUUCAGCUGAUUGUCCUAGUGGUUCCAAAUGCUCUGCUACUACCUGUUGUACUUCCCUCUUUGGUGUUAAUGUUUGUCUACCUCCUUGUGGAUCUCCAUUAUUGGUGGCAUCGAUAGCUGCAAAUGGGUAUACCUGCAGUGGAUAUAGAAAAUAG